UAGUAAUGAUGUCUACAGUAGCUCAGAUGCAAUUGCCAUUUCGCCCAGACGACGGAUGAAAAUCUGAGCAACUGUGGAGUGGAAAGGUGUCUCUUCUCAAAAGAUCACGGCCUCCUCGUCACCAGUGCAAUGGCGCAGGAUAUAUGCAUAUUUCUAUUUUCUUUGACCGCGUUCGCCGUCCUCUAUAUAAUGAACAAUGUCCCCGCGUUUCAGGAGCCAAUGGUGGUGCUGGAGAUAGGAGUGGGAGUGCUUAUAGCUGUGUUCUUCUUGGUGUACCUGGCUACCCGCCUCAACCCACCAAAAGAUGUUUUCUUCUAUGUGUUUGCUGAGUUUUCCUUCACGUGCAUCAUUGACCUGGUGAGUGCCAUGGAGUACGAUGGCUUCGCCUCAGGAUUCAUGGAGUUUUACCAAAAGACGGGGGAGCCAUACCUCGGCACCAGCUAUGCUAUUAUGAUGUGCUACUGGGAUGGCAUUGCACACUUCCUCAUGUAUCUGGUCAUGGUGCGACGCAUGUCCAAGAAAAAGCCAUACCGCAACCUGGGGCUAUUUUGGGCAGGCUCUUUGGUGGGCAACAUGGUCGUGUUUGUGGCUGGCAUUGUCGUAGGUAAAUAUGGCUUGGAGCUCCGGCCUGCCUUUUGGCUCAACAUGCCCUUCCUCUUAGUACCUAUGUGGGGGGCAGUGUCCUUCUUCAGAAGGCCAAGGGAUCCUACUGCCAUUACGCUGGCUAAGAUAGAGAGAAAGCACAAAGUAUCCCUGCUGUGGCGGCCCCUAGACAUGCUACUAGUCAUUGGUCUGUGUGCGGCUAUGGCCUUCACCCUCUUCAGGGGUCUGGUUGUUCUCGGCUGCCCACUGGAGGUAUUCACUUCCUACACAACCUUAUAUGAGCCAUAUCUGAAUGAUCCAGUUGCAUACCCAAAAGUGAUGAUGCUGUGUUUCCUGUUCUACGCGCUGCCACUGCUGGGGUCCUUUGUGUACGGGCUCUGGACACCUGGGUGCACCUGGAUGCUGGACUGGACGGUGUUCGUCGCUGGAGCAAUGACCCAGUGCCAGUGGUCCCAUAUUGGGGCCUCGCUUCACCCUCGCACCGCCGACAUGUACCACAUCCCUCCGUCAUCCCUGGUCCCGGUGCUCCUGGCCAACGUGAUGUACACCGCGGUGCCUCUGCUGCUGGCCAAGCGCUGCACCAGCAACCCCGCCUUCUUCAUGUCCGCCACGGCACUCACACAGUCCAACAAUGAGAAAAAAGUCAAUUAAACUUGAAUUGAAGUGUGUGUACAUGUGGAGGCAUGUGGUGUGUGUCAGUGCUUUGCCCAGUGUCGAUAGAACUCACGCAUCAGGAGAACUCCUCCGUGUGUCACCCAGCUCCCAGACAAUCAGUACAACUGACCAGGAGAUGUCUCGCAUCGCUGGACAUCUAUCUCUGUAGUUCGCCUGAGAGGUAUCAUAAGUAUCAUAAAAUAGAUUAUGGGCAAUACAUGUGAAAUUGAACUGGUUUCAAAACCUCAUCUACCUCUGCUACAUUUCUUUGAGCGAUAAGGCAGUGAGCUGGAUUGUCUACACAAACAAAAACUUGACCUUGAGUUUGCCAACAACAAUGAACGUCUAUUUGGCGAUUAGUUGAUUGAUGUCUACUGCUCACAACAAAGUGCCCUUGCCACAGAAGAAAUCCUUCAAAU